AUUUAAAGAUUUUUUCUAUAAAUUUGAUUGAUCAUAUUAAGCACAAAAUCACAAAUACAAAAACUAACAUGUCUACACAGUUGCAGGCUGACUCUUUAAGAAAAUAUUCUUAGCAACGUGUUUUUAAUGCUGUGAAAUGCAUUAGAUUUAUAUUGCUUAUUGCGUUAUCCUCCUCUUUAAACAAUCUGUUGACUGAUUUUGAAGAAAUAAACCUUAAACUUCUCUACCAGCAUUUUGAAAAUAUAUACUUUUGAUAUAUACUCUUAAGGCAACUUUCUCUUGUAAACCACAAAAAACAAAAAUAAAAUAAAUAAUAAAUAAAUAAAACGUUCAAGCUUCAAGCUUUUGUGGUUUGAUAUUAACUGGGACUUUUUUCUCCCAUCGCAAGGGAGUGUCCUUGAACGCAACCCACGUCACACGUUGGUGAAAAAAGUGAAACGUUGCUUGGUUUUUAAAACUCCGCUGAUCUAUCCACAAACUGACAGAACCCGGAUCCGACCAAAACCUUUAAACCUCAGGAAACGGGAGUUGGCACAUCGACCGUCCUGGGUCGGAACCGCAGUUACCCGGUCCGGUAAGAGAAGACAUUUCUGACAGAUGGAGUCUGUUCUGCGCUGCAAACCGGAGGACCUAGAGGAUUUCUACGGAGUGUUGGGAUGUGACGAACUGUCGUCCACUGAACAGAUCCUUAAUGAAUACAAGAUCCGAGCUUUGGCGAGUCACCCAGACAAACACCCGGACAACCCACAUGCAGUGGCAGAUUUCCAGAAGCUCCAAGAAGCAAAAGAGGUUUUAUGCAACGAAGAGAAAAGGAAGAACUAUGACCUGUGGAGGAGAAGCGGCGUGACCAUUCCCUUUCACGACUGGCAAGCUCUAAAUGAUUCUGUGAAAAUGUCCAUGCACUGGGCUGUGAGAACCAAGAAGGAACCAAUGCUGGAGGCCCCAGAAGAACCAACCACUUCACGAGCAGAUUGCCGACCCUGUGAGCUGGAGGCGUCAGCUUCGUGUGAAGCUGGGUUUUCUUCACGUGAUUACUGCCACCAGCGUUUCCGUUGGGCUGCUGACUCUCCGUCUCGCCUUCUGCAAAAGUUCAGAAAUUAUGAAAUAUAAAUGUAUUGAUGGGCUGCAUGAUGGUUUAGUAGCUGGGUCACCUCAUUCAUGUGUGGGGUUUCUCCUCCCAUAGUCCAAAACCAUGGUUCAUUAUGACUCUCAGGUGUGUGGUUGUGUCUUUCUGUGGCCCUAUGAUGGACUGGAGAACCAUCUACUGAACCCCACCGCUGGGAUAGGCUCCAGCAUCCCCUUGACCCUGAAAGAGAAUGAAGUCAGUUUGGAAAAUGGAUGGAGAUGAGACAUACCAACAGUUUAUUAGUUGAUAUUUGAUUUUUUUUUCUCUCUUUCAAAAAUCACUUCAGGUGAUAAACUGGAAUGAAAUGAUGUGAAUUUGUCUGCCAACAUUUAACUGUUUUAUUUUGAAACAUCAGAUUAUCAAUUAAAAUAAGUAAUUCCAGAGUUUACCGUCAAAAAGCAAAAUUGAAGCCUUCCUGUAAUGUGUGUAAGUGUUGUUGGUCUGAAAAGUUUUGUUGUUAUUGUGAAGAGGUCUCAUGUCUUCAACUUUGACAAAACUGUUAAAUUGGAUCAUUUAGAGUCAUCAUUAUGGUUUAAAAUGUAAGAAUGUGUGUUUUUGAGGACAUAAAAUGUAAUUGAAACAUAAUCCAUAUUUGUGACAAUAAAGUCUUCUGAAAAACUGCUAACCUCAAA